CCGCGCCAUUGCAGUAAACAUCGACGGGUUCAAAUGUGUGUCGUCGUGUCCUCCAUAUCUUGUGUCCGCGGGCGAUGAGGAAGCCACAGAAGCAUAAUUAGAGCCUGCCUGUCUGUCCCUGUCCUUUAGCUGAGGUAAACAUUGCUCGGCGGCUCGGACCAUCACUGCGAGGCGCCACACUGUAAGGUGGCAGAUAAUCUCAGGACCUAGUGUGUCGUUGCUCUGAGGCCAAGUGAGGCAGGGCUGUGAGGGAUGCCAGUGGGACUUCAAGAGGAUGACCGAUGUAUUUGUGUAUUGACGGAGGCUAAGACAGGGCCGCCGUCUCGUCAGGCAAGAUGGGACACCGCCAGGAGGGAACGUGAGCCGGUGAGGGUUUUGGAAAGGUUGCAGUUCCUCCUCGACAGUUACUCCAGACAAACACUGGAUAGCGAUUAGUGUAACACGCGGCCCGGAUGGUUAGGACAAGGGAGCACAUAUGCUGGCUCUGCUGCGGAUCAUUAUCCAAUAGAAGAAUCGUGCUGGGCCAUCCCGGACACCUGUGCCGGGCGGGGCUGCUCAGGUGGCGGCGCUGCGUCAGGGAGAGUAACAUCAUAAAGCCGGCACAAGCUACGCCAUCCGCCCCUCGCCCGCCCGUAACAGCGGCCUCGCAUCAGGGUAGCUUAGCCGGACGUGCAAGCCGCCGCGGGGGUCUGGCGGGCUACUCCGUUCUGCGUCACCAGCGGGGUUUACGGAAGGCGCUCCACCCCAUGCGGGAAAUACUAACCGACCAUAAGAGAGGAAACGGUGGUCGCUCGACUGCACCUGAUCGACGCGUCAGCACCAGGAGCAGGAGAGGAGGAGGAGGAGCAGUAGUAGCGGCAGCAGGAGUAGAAAGGUUGGGGGCGAAGUCUCAGCACCAGGCCUCAGCAGCUCGGGCAAGGAUUGGACCCGAAGUCUGCCGCCCCGAACACCUGCCUGACGGGGACACAGCAAGUGUGGCAGCGUCGGCGUGCCCGGUGUGUUCCCUUCACUCACAGCGCCAUCAAGCAGCACAGGUAGCGGCCGCUCGCUGCGGGUCGCUGUGUAACGCAGCAAUACGAGCUCAUUCGGGCCCCAUCCGUCCCUUCGUCUUGGCGGAUUCAAACCCUUGGCGUGAACGAUCCAAUCAAGGCUUCCAAGGACCAAAUCGCCCAGGAAUUGGUUCGAACGAGCCAUUGAGGAGAGCAGGACGGGACCAGCAGACCAGUCAAGAGAACGUGGAUCCUCCGGACGCCACACCAGCCCCUCGUCUCCUCCAUCAACCUCAGCACCUUGCCUAUUCUCUCCUACUCCCCCGUCACUGGCUGAACACGCUCCCUCGCCCGUGGAAAAAGCACCUAAAGGUCACCAUCAGCGCACUGGGGAGAAAAAAGGGACGGCGGGGAGGGUUACUGUAAUUGCCGCUGACACUUCCACCCUCGCCGCCGCCCGAGGUCCUCCUAACACUGAUCUGAGCCGAGAUUCCAUUCCGGUGGGUGUGAACUUUUCUUUACUUUUAUUCAGUGGUGAGUCUGCGUGUGCUUCUGUAUUUUCUUAGUCUGGAAAUACGUUAUGUUACUGGAAAGGCAACUGUGUACAUUCACCUAUUCCUAUUGUAUUAAACACUAGAAACUUUAACGUAAUUUUAUCUAGAAAUUGACGAAAGUAAAUUUAUUGACGGAAAAGGCGAUUAUUUUCAUUCUGUUGCAUAAGACACUCACUUAGCAAUUUUGAUUAUGAAUAAGACAAAUAAGUACUUUUACCUCUUGCAUAAAAUACCCAUUCCAUUUCUUUAUCUAGAAAUUGACGAAGCUUUAAUUGAACGAGUUAUUAAUUAAAAGCAAUUACCCACACACUCCAAAGUUAAGUAAAAGUCUAUCUAAACCAAUUACAUAGUCUGACGUAAGUAAUCAAUUUUAUGUAGACACUGACGAAGCUUUAAUUAAAUGUGUUAAGUAAUUACACCCACAGCAAAAUUAUUAAGUAAAACAAUAUAUCCACUAAACUUGUUACACCCACGGCAAAAUUAUUAAGUAAAACAAUAUAUCUCCACUAAUUAUGGAAGUAUCAUCAAUUGGUAAAAAUAGUUAAACGAAAUAA